AUGACUCCGAAUACACUCAUUACAUUAUUCCGGAGAGACGGCAAUGGCGACGAAAGCGUCUCUGGCCCAAAACCAACCAGUCGAGCACUCACCGUCGGUGUGCCAGCCGCCAUUACAGGGUUUCUUCUUCUUACCGCCAUCAUCGUCCUGGUAAUCCUCUACUUCAAGCGCCAGCGCCGUGAUGAUCGCGAAGACCUAGAAGAACGCCAGCGCGAUUCUGGCUUCUACGGCAAUUACGCGACUCAGCGGUUCGGCACUGCAGGCGCUCAACAGGGUCCACGCAAGGCCUAUGCUACCGAAUCGCGACGCAGCUCGGGGGAAUCUUUCUUCGACUACAAACAAGACCAUGGACCUUAUCACCUUGCACAAUUCCAAGGUCCAGAGGUGCCGAAGCCUGCUGCUACACGGGUAGUUUCAUAA